UCCUGAAAAUACAAGACGCCACCAACGAUGGGAUUUCGCAGACGGUUCAUCGCCUUCACCGGGGCCGUUCAGAUAUUGCUCACUCUCGCCAUGUUCACCAUGACGUCAUCCCUAUUGAACAACUUCGGCAACGCCGCCGUUGGGACCCCAAUGUGGGGUGCACUAAUUAUAUUGAUGUGCGGUGCUGCUAAUAUCAUACUAGCCCUGGAGACACCUUCGACAAAGAGGAAUACAGAAGAUAGCAUUUUAGCCACAAACUUCAACUUGGGUACUGUCUUCGCAAACCUGACUGCCUUUAUCGUGUCUGCCACCAUCCUGGCCCUCUUCUCAUGGGCGCUGUCGCUGAGCACCUCUUUUGAUGCAUUGGUCGUUCCCUUCUCGACCAUCGUCCUCGCCGCCACCCUCAUCUGUCUCUUCUCCCUCUUCGCCCUCUUUGCUGACUGCUUCUCCGCGUUUUGUGCGAGUUCCCCGAAACAGCAUCACCAGUCGUCUCCACAGGGACCGUACGUUAUGGACUAUGAGGGGCCUCCUCCUCGUGGUAUUCCAAACCCCGCCUUACAAAGAGUUAUGAUUGAUCAACAUCAAUCCCAGUUCCUCACAUCGAGCGCAGGUUUGCGUUCUCCUAUGGCGCAGGUACCUAAUUACUAUUGAUAUCAAUGGCAAAUAAGUUGCAAUUGAUCCAAAUCAAUCGCAAGUCCGCGCAUCAAUCGCAAGUUUGCGUUCUCCCAUCUCUUAUGCACCUAAUUACUAUUGAUAUAUAUCGCAAAUAAGUUGCGAUUGAUAUCACCUCUUCGUAAGACGGACCCCUAUGGCCUUAUAAUGCAUCAAAUUGGCAACGUCAACAUACAGAGACCCAAGAUGGUACUGCUAGCUGUAUUCAGUUAAUUAACAAUACAGAUAACUCUUAAUAUGAUUUUGGUAUAUGGGCGGUCUCCAGUUUUCUAUUCGAAAUGCAAGGCGGGAUAGGGGGGGGGGGGGGGGAGUGCUUAUCCCUUUAUACAGUCAGCCCAUGAGACCGACUGAUGAUAAAUAAUUUUUUUUUUUUUUUUAAAGAGAAGGCAGAAAACAUUAACAACAACAAUCAUACUUUACACUGACAUAAAAUAUGCUUUCAUAAUACGGCUGGAAAAUAGGGUAUUAAUAAAAUAAACCAUAAUAUCUAGACAUUCAUUUUAUAUGUUCUGAAAACUGUUAUUUCAAAAUGUCGCAGAGCGUUAUUCGGAAAUGAUUCUGUAAAAAUAGCGCUGUUAGGAAUCUUAGCAGUGUAAAUUUAAAGAUUACAUGCGUUAUAUACCUAUACAAAAAGAAUAUUAUUAAGAAACCUGUACAGAAAGAAUAGAAAUAAAUUACUUAUUUUGUUUUAGUAAGUUGGAAUGUAGAUGCAAUACUAAUGGCUGCUUUCGAGAUUUAGUUAAUUCUUUUCCUAGUACAUGUACAUGGUAAACUCCUUUACAAUAGUGAAAAAACUUUUGACAAUGUAUUGUUACGGUAGAAAUGGCUACGCAACAUCGACGUAUAAUUAUAACGAUAUUAAAAAAAUCGCCUUUUGUAGUGUAAAUAGGUCUUAGUAAGAAUUUCUCUUGAUAUUUUUCCUCGUAUCUACACAUAAUUAAUAGGUUUUUUUUUCUCAAUAUAUAAUGACUUCAUUAGUAUCUAAAUAUCCACCGGAAUAAGACUUAAACAGCAUUAGAAAAAACACCAGACGUCAUGAUGAAUAACUUGGCAUUCAUUCAUUGCCUUUAUUGCUGCUUUUUGGAACCAUGUUUUAUUGUGUUAAAAUGGGGGACUGGUUGUUUUCAAAACACAAAGUUUAGACAAGUUUUUAAUCUUGUAAAUGUUUUAAAGAAAUUUCCAAAAAAAUGGCGCGUGUACUUUGACUUGUAUACUUCUUAAGAGUAUAUAUUCAUAUUUUUAGAAGAUAAUCAUUUGUUAACUCGGUAGUCGAUACGUAUUAUAUAGUACAUUAUCCAAAGCAGAUUGUUGUUAUAGUUUGUAUUCAGUUAUAUUUUAUGAAAAGCAUUACAAUUUGAUUAUUUUUUUUAAUGGUGCAUGAUAAUGGAAGAUUAAAUAAAAUUAUAUAUGUGUCUUAUUAUGAAUCGUGGUAAACUUCACGUAAUAAAUUUCAAACAAUUUAUCAUUGAUUUAUCAUAUAUACCGAAGAGAGAAGUUUUGAUAGAGAAAGGCAAAUGGAAAUAGCAGCGAGAGAGAGAGAAAGAGAG